AUGGGGAUGGGGAUGGGGAUGGGAUGGGGAUGGGAAUGGGGAUGGGGAUGGGAUGGGGAUGGGAAUGGGGAUGGGAUGGGGAUGGGAAUGGGGAUGGGAUGGGGAUGGGAAUGGGAAUGGGGAUGGGGAUGGGGAUGGGGAUGGGGAUGGGGAUGGGGAUGGGAUGGGGAUGGGAAUGGGGAUGGGAAUGGGAAUGGGGAUGGGAAUGGGGAUGGGGAUGGGGAUGGGGAUGGGGAUGGGAUGGGGAUGAGGAUGGGGAUGGGAAUGGGAAUGGGGAUGGGGAUGGGGAUGGGGAUGGGGAUGGGAAUGGGGAUGGGAAUGGGGAUGGGAUGGGGAUGGGGAUGGGGAUGGGGAUGGGGAUGGGAAUGGGAAUGGGGAUGGGGAUGGGGAUGGGGAUGGAGAUGGGAAUGGGAAUGGGAAUGGGGAUGGGGAUGGGGAUGCGAAUGGGAAUGGGAAUGGGAAUGGGGAUGGGGAUGGGGAUGGGGAUGGGGAUGGGAUGGGGGUGAGGAUGGGGAUGGGAAUGGGAAUGGGGAUGGGGAUGAGGAUGGGGAUGGGGAUGGGAAUGGGGAUGGGAAUGGGGAUGGGGAUGGGGAUGGGGAUGGGGAUGGGUAUGGGGAUGGGGAUGGGGAUGGGAUGGGGAUGGGAAUGGGGAUGGGAAUGGGGAUGGGGAUGGGAUGGGGAUGGGAAUGGGGAUGGGGAUGGGAUGGGGAUGGGAAUGGGGAUGGGAUGGGGAUGGGAAUGGGGAUGGGAUGGGGAUGGGAAUGGGAAUGGGGAUGGGGAUGGGGAUGGGGAUGGGGAUGGGGAUGGGGAUGGGAUGGGGAUGGGAAUGGGGAUGGGAAUGGGAAUGGGGAUGGGAAUGGGGAUGGGGAUGGGGAUGGGGAUGGGGAUGGGGAUGGGAAUGGGGAUGAGGAUGGGGAUGGGAAUGGGAAUGGGGAUGGGGAUGGGGAUGGGGAUGGGGAUGGGAAUGGGGAUGGGAAUGGGGAUGGGGAUGGGGAUGGGGAUGGGGAUGGGGAUGGGGAUGGGGAUGGGAUGGGGAUGGGAAAUGGGGAUGGGGAUGGGGAUGGGGAUGGGAUGGGGAUGGGAAUGGGGAUGGGGAUGGGAUGGAGAUGGGAAUGGGGAUGGGAUGGGGAUGGGAAUGGGAACGGGGAUGGGGAUGGGGAUGGGGAUGGGGAUGGGAUGGGGAUGAGGAUGGGGAUGGGAUGGGGAUGGGAAUGGGAAUGGGGAUGGGGAUGGGGAUGGGAUGGGGAUGGGAAUGGGGAUGGGAAUGGGGAUGGGGAUGGGGAUGGGGAUGGGUAUGGGUAUGGGAUGGGGAUGGGAAUGGGAUGGGGAUGGGGAUGGGGAUGGGAUGGGGAUGGGAAUGGGGAUGGGGAUGGGAUGGGGAUGGGAAUGGGGAUGGGAUGGGGAUGGGAAUGGGAUGGGAUGGGGAUGGGAAUGGGAAUGGGGAUGGGGAUGGGGAUGGGGAUGGGAUGGGAUGGGGAUGAGGAUGGGGAUGGGAAUGGGGAUGGGGAUGGGAAUGGGGAUGGGGAUGGGGAUGGAAUGGGAAUGGGGAUGGGGAUGGGGAUGGGAAUGGGGAUGGGGAUGGGGAUGGGGAUAGGAAUGGGAAUGGGGAUGGGGAUGGAAUGGUGGGGAUGGGGAUGGAAUGGGAAUGGGGAUGGGGAUGGGGAUGGGAAUGGGAUGGGGAUGGGGAUGGGGAUGGGAAUGGGAUGGGGAUGGGGAUGGGGAUGGGGAUGGGGAUGGGGAUGGGAUGGGGAUGGGGAUGGGGAUGGGGAUGGGAUGGGGAUGAGGAUGGGGAUGGGAAUGGGAAUGGGGAUGGGGAUGGGGAUGGGGAUGGGGAUGGGAAUGGGGAUGGGAAUGGGGAUGGGGAUGGGGAUGGGAUGGGGAUGGGGAUGGGAAUGGGAAUGGGAUGGGGAUGGGGAUGGGGAUGGGAAUGGGAAUGGGAAUGGGAUGGGAUGGGGAUGGGGAUGCGAAUGGAAUGGGGAUGGGAAUGGGGGGGGGAAUUGGGAUGGGGAUGGGGAUGGGAUGGGGAUGAGGAGGGGAUGGGAAUGGGAAUGGGGAUGGGGAUGA